AUGGCGUGUGCUGUGAUUGGGUGGUGUUGGAGCCUGGCGUAUCUGUUACAGUACCCCCCUCCUCACGGCCUGCUCCUGAGGGCCGAGGACCCCAACGUCAUGGUGGUCUUCCUCUUCCCCGCGGGGCAGGUACUCAAGUUGUCCUCCACAGCGUCGGGAAUCCAAGAUCUCGUGAACCUCGUAUGCAGCACCAUCGUCCAAGGGGGGUUUCGGCUGCAGCUACGCCAGGCUCUGUGGAGAGAGAGACAGAAGGGUGGACAACAAUCAACAAAGAGGAAGAAGAAAGGCAUCUGUGCAUUCUUCCGCCGAACAUGGAGGGUUGUUAAGUGUGCUGCUCUCUGUGGCCAAAGGGGCAACAAAGUGGCUCCAGAUCCAUUUGCCAUUGACCCAGUAGCUCAACAGGAAAAUUCAGAUCUCCAGCCAGAUUUAUUCAGCCUUGAGUGGCUGACACUUAAUGCUGAGCCAACAUAUCUGGAGCCAUCACCUGUCCCAGGCCCAUCCAAACUGAAUAAUGAGCCAAUGCCUGCCCCACAUCAGUCUGGUUAUGAGCCACCUGUUGAAAAACAAAGAAAAAUCAGGAUGAAGAAAGACAUCCGAGCAUUCUUCCAGCGAACAUGGAGGACUGUUAAGUUUCCCUCCUUGGCCCCAGAUUCAUGUCGAGUUGAGCCAGUAGUUCAUUGGGAUCAAGUGGACCUCAAGCCAGGUCUAUCUGGUCCCUUGUGGUUGUUAAGGAAUGAUCCAGGUCCAUCUUGUUUCAAGGUGACAGUCAUGGCCAACCAAAAUCCACCUGAUUCUAAGCCAGAUCCAUUCAGCCUCCAGUCACACUCAACACUUGACCCAGGCCCAGCUGGUCUUGUAGUUGAGUUGACGUCUGUCCCAGGACCAUCCAGUCAGGAGAUAAUGCCAGUCUAUGGGUCUGACAUGGGUCUGGAUGUUCCUGAGAUAAAACCCAUUCCAGGUUCCAGUCUCGUUCUGACAGCUGCUGUGGAUCUGAUUGAUCCCGAGCCGUCAUCUGCCUCUGGUUCAUGCAGCUGCAGGCGGACACCUGACACUGAUCUGGACAAUUCUAAACAAAAACAUGUCCCAGUCCUAUCUGGUUUUUGGCCAACUGCAGCAUCAUUUUCCUCCCGUUAUGAUAUGGGAGUGAAGUUGGGACAGGGAGCCUUUGGUUCUGUGUAUAAGGGGACUCACAGAUUUAGUGGCCAGAAGGUUGCUAUCAAAUGUAUACGUAAGAAGCCCUGGAACAGCUUUAUUAAUGUGCCUGGAUCUACAGAACCUCUGCUGUCAGAAGUGGUUAUAAAUGUGAUGGUGUGCGCACCUCCGAAAAGCCCCUACAUUGUACAAAUGAUCGAGUGGUUUGAUCAGACACAUCAGUUCAUCAUAGUUAUGGAAUAUCCACAUCCAUGUCAGACCUUGCUGGAAUUUACCAUGUGCCAUGGAUGUUGUCUGGAUGAAUCUGUGGCACGUGGUUUAAUGCGGCAAGCGGUGCUUGCAGCCAAACACUGCAUUGAACGGGGCAUCUUACACAAUGACAUCAAGACGGACAACAUGCUGGUCAACACAGAGACACUGCAGCUCAAACUAAUAGACUUUAGCUGUAGCAAACGUAUUAACAUGUCUUGCUCUGAAGGUGAGUUGAUGUAAUGCCAUAAUAUGUCAAAAAAUGUACAUGAUUCAAAGCUUUUUAUCUCAAAGUAGACUAAUUGCUCACAGAUGACUUUAGCAACUGAAAUGACAGAGCUCUGUUAAUCUCUUGCUUCCUAUACAGAUUAUCAAGAGGCGGUUGAAUCAACAGUCUGGUCUUUGGCUAUGGUACUUUUGGAGAUAGUAAGCGGAGACCAGCCCAUAAGUGUUUUUCUCUCCAAAGCACGUCAUCCUUUGAUACCAAGUUUCUCCAGUGGUGAGACAACAGCACACAACAUUAAUACAAACAUACAUUUUUGGCACAAUAUCAGAGUGUUCAACUUCCCAGCUAUUAAAAAUAAAAGGGAAAACUGAUAGACAGAAUACAUAAUAAUUGAUAUUUAAAGUACAGUAAGUGUAAAAUAAUUAUGCAGUACGAAAAACUAUGUUUUUCAGAAGCUUUUCAUACAUGACAACAUGCAUGUGCUAUGCUGCCAUAAAGAGCAUACAUGACUAACCAGCUUUUUCCUCUUUGAAAACUUGUACAGAGUUUCAAGAUCUGAUAGAGCAGUGUCUGGUCAGGCCUCAAACCAAGACGUUAGAGCAGAUUUUAGAACAUCAGUGGUUUAAGCUGGACUGAGGGAAGCCAGAGGCUCAGGAGGCAGGUUGUGUAACAGAUCGAGGGAAGGCAGAUACUAACCACCUCCUCAAUGCAUCCUGUAAAUGUUUUCAUACUCUCUUAAAAAUAAAGGUGCUUCAUGAUACCAUAGUAGAACCU